UCACGUCGUACACCUUGUCCAGUGACCGCGAUACGGUUGACAUGUCAAAGGAAAAAAAAUAAAUAAAUAAAAUAAAUAAAAAGGAGUGGCAGUAUAAAAAGGUCGAAGGAUAUCCAGCAAUUCUUCAGUCUCAUUCUCUCGCACAACAAUGAAGGUUUGGCUUAUCGUUGUUCUUCUGGCCGUCGCUGCUGCCACAGCAGCUGUAACUGAAGCCGAUGCGGCUGUCACAGAUGCAACUGUCACCCAACUUCCAGAAAUCAAAGCCGAUGCAAAAACCAACAUAGAUGAAGAUCACGAGACCAGUGGCAAAGAUGAUGUGGAGAACGAUGAAGGUUCGAACGAAUCUUCGUCUGAAGAAAACGACAAAGGCGAAACUCAAGAAGCUGUUAAAACGUGUGGCGCUAUUACAACCCAUAAACCGGUAGCUUGCCACGAAGCCCAGGCCUUACACCAAGCCUUCAACGUACGUGAUACCCGCUUACGUCAAGCCCACCUACGAAGUGACAUCUCCAAUUUACAGACCUGUUGUCACCACCGAAGCCCCGAAGACAUCAACUGUGUACAGCAAGGGUGUGUACGUCAAGCCGGUAGCUCCCGUCGAAGCCCCAAAAUACGUCAAGCCAAAGGUUGUUGAAGCUACCACGCCGAAAUACGUGCCGAUCUCAUUCGAAAAGCCAGUAGCCCCUCCCAUGAUAACCAUCCGAAAAUCCGGAUGGGUACGCGCUCCUGGAUACAAACUCGGAUACGCUAGAGCGGAGAGCAGCAAUCCAGCUGUUGUCGAACCGCUGAAAUACACAGCGCCAGCCAAGACUAGCGAAACGGUUGCGGUUGUCACGACAACCAAGUCGGAUGAGAAACCGAGCGCCCCUCGCCAGACUUACCCCAAGUGGUUUUUCAAAACCAAAUCGAUAGGAAACUAAGAGCCGGUCGUUCAUUCGUAGAAAGAAAACAAAACGUGUGUGCGUGUGUGUGAAGUAACCGAUGUAAAUUCUAUGAUUAUGCAAACUAACACCUUCUAGCGACGGUGUUGAUUGGAUUGUAAUGGUGGACUGCACAUUGGCUUCCCCUCAUGCCCAUUUUUGCAGGAUAUUUAUGUAAACACGUACUCCGCACUAAAUAUAUGAAAGAGUCUAAACUGAA